AUGACGACUUCAUCAUCUGGGUACGACGAUCAGCCCGACUCCCCGACCCUCUUUCAUCCAGCAGGCUCCCCUUUCAACGACGUGGACGCUGAUCUCACCAUCCGUUCCUCUGAUAACGUGGAAUUCCAUGUGCACAAGGUCAUUCUAGCCAAGGCAUCUCGAACCUUUAGAGAUAUGUUCGCGCUGCCUCCCCCUAUGUACUCAAGCAGCCAGCACCCCGAAGACGACUACAAAGACGGCCGUCUUGUCGUGCACCUGUCUGAAAACAGUAGCGUUUUGGAUAUGAUGUUCAGGCUGUUUUACCCCGUGGACAGCCCGAAGAUUACUUCGAUAGUCGACAUUCGAGCGGUGUUACGAGCACUGGACAAAUAUCUUGUCGACGGUUUCCCGGAAACGAUAGAGAACAUUCUCAUGGGAGGCAUCGAAAGAGAGCCUCAGACGAUCUGCGUCAUCGCUUGUCGCUAUGACCUUCCAAAGGUCGCGAACGCCGCGGCUAAGCUGACACUGCGGGACCCUAUACUUUAUUCCGGCCCUUACCCCAGCGAUGAAGACCUAUCGUACAUAUCUGCUGCAAAAUACCGCAGGCUGCUGCUGUAUCAUCAACAGUGCAGCGAACGUGCUGCUGCAGUUGUUCAAUCUCUGCUUUGGAUGGAUGGCCGUUCUAUACCUAGCGCUGUCGAAGAUGGAUCGUCGCCUCCGCCCGGAUGCACCUGCUCCCGCGGCGAAAAGUGGGCUAUUAGCAGAUACGGUAGGAAGCGCGGCUCCCCCAACGGGCCAGCGCCCACCAUCUCCAUGUACAAAGUGACCGAUUGGGUCACGGGUUACUUGCGGCGUUGCGAAAGGGGUUUGAGAGAUCGUCCUCAUUGGGAGACAGUCCUUGAGGACCGGAUGCUCACACCGUUCAUAAAAAUGGCUGAGGAAUGCAUGCAUUGCGAAAGGACUGCGGUUGACUUGCAGAUGCACAAGUUCAGCCAGCUGCUUGCCGACAAAAUUCGAUCAGCCAUUGAACAGGUCCCUUUGCCUUUUUGA